AAUAUAACUCUUCCAAAUUCGAACGAAAAUAUUAUAUAACUUUUUCGUUUCUGUCACUGAUUUAAAUAAUUGAAAUUAAAAUAACUAUCACGUGACUAUUAAAAAGCAAGAUGGGUUCGUCGGACUGUUUGGAGAAAGGGAAAGAGACGACGGAGAGCGAAGAGGAUUGGAGAGUGAGUUGCAGCGACGAAGAGAAGGAAAGUUGUCGAAUAUGGGAACCGAAACCGGAAGAGAUAUUGGAUUUGUACAUGAAAUUAGAGAAGAGAGGAAUCUUGGAUCUGGAGUGGCAAUGCCCGGGUAGAAGAUCUCCCAGUGUCCAUUCCAGCGAAUCGGAAUGCGUCGACAGGAAACAAAUGGACGACGAAGAUCUCAAGCUCAAGAGGUGUGAGCCUAACGAAUUUGACUUUGACGACGAAAUGUCCGACGGAUCCACUCAAAAAAUAACGCCGAUCAGGAGAACGCCAGUCGGCGGUAGCAGCAGUGCUCAAAAGCGGGUGGCAAGACUGGACAAAGUCAUGCUGGACAUAAGACGAUAUCGUCACCUGGACGAAAUGGAUAAGAAAAUCCAAAAGCCAGGCGACAGGCAAAAGACCGUCUCGAACAUUCCCCAGUCGACGGCCGGAAAUUAGAACGCGGAGCGACUUACGUUAUGUAACAUGUAGAGAUACAUAACUGCAUUUUUAUUCAUUUUUCAUCUUCAUACUUUUUUAAAUAUCAAUAAUUUUUACAUUUCAUUUUUAUUGAUUUAAAA